AGGGAUCCCCUUGAUGGAGGGGAUGCUUCUUUGUUAGCAAUCUAAAGCAAGACCGUAUAAAAGCACCUGGAAACUCUUCAAUAGCAUCGCAGUUUCCUCAGCGAACCUCAUAAGCAACUAAUUCUUCUACAAUGAUGACCAAGUGCCUUAUCCUCUUCUUCGCCCUGGUGGCUGCUUGCUCCGCGGGUAUAAUUGCGCCUGCAGUACCAGCUGCUCUCACGGUAGGAACAUACGCAAGUAGUUACAAUGCACAUGCAAUCAACCACGCGUACGCUGCACCUUAUGUCGCGGCCGCUGCUCCAUUAGCAGCAGCUCCAUUAACGUACUCAGCAUAUCCAGCCGCAUACUCAGCGUUACCAGCAGCAUACCAUGCAGCAUACCCUGCAGCAUACUCAGCAUACGCAGCACCCAUCAUUGCACGCCGUUAAUGAUUUUCGAUCCGACAUCUAAAAUCUUUUUGAUAUCAGUCAUUGAUUAUUUAUAAAUAUUAAUGAGGAUACUUUUAUUAAGAUUACCGAGUCAUGAUUAUUAACAAUAAUAACAAUACAUAUUGAUUUCUAAGUACAUCAGUUCAGUCGGAUUUUAGAAUAAACAGUUAUCCUGUGAUCGAUAAGAGGAUGACGAUUAAAACGAUACCAUUACCUGUUUAUUGAAAUGAUCGAGGAACUGAUGUACCCACUGGUGGUCAAUUGGCUUGUUAUAAUGAUCUACCGAUUUAUCGGUACUGAUCAUUACAGGGCGAUGGAGCCACUAGCACUUGAUCUCUCAAUCCGUCUUUACAAAAAAAUUUAUUCAUACAAAUACAAAUUAACUUUAUAAUUUUUGUAUAAAUAUUAAAAUUUAUAAAAUAUAUAAAAAUUUUAUCAAAUA